UGCGCGGCCAGCCCGCAAGAGCCGCCGGCGCCGCAAAUCCCGCAAAAAGCAGAGCAUGCUCAGCAUCGGCGCAUCACCCACCGCUCACUGCGCCGUCUCCGUGAGACCCACUUGCGCCGCCGCUUCCUCCUUCUUGACCGGAGCGCCCUCCGUGCCCCGCACUGCUCUCCCGCGUCCCUCACCGGCGCGGCCCCCGCCCUCCCCCUUCCUCGCCGACGCGGGCCCCUCCUCUCCUUCCUCGCCGGCGGACCCUCCGCGUCCGUGCUGCUCUGCUCCGCCCCUCGCCGGCUGUGGCAUCCCUCUUGCUUGCCCCGCCGCGGAGGCCACGCCGGCGGCGCACGCCAGGAGCGCCAGUGCCACCACCAGGCUGCAGCCACUAGCAGCAGCAAGGGACCUGUCGCGCCUCGCCAUUAUUAUCAUCGAUCAGAGUCUCAGAGACCUGCAGCCGCGCUUCGCUGGCUCAUGCGGUCGAUCGAUCCAUCUGCCUCUGCUGGCUGCCUCUGCUGCCUAGCUAGCUCGCUCUUUGCGCCUUCUCAAAUCUGAGUAGCAUGAGCUUAACAAGCAAGAAAGCAAGGAAACACUAGUAUCGUAAAGCUCGGAGACAGCCACUGACGCGGCAGCAUGCGGGCUGCCGCAAAACCCGCAAAACAAUUGCGGCCAUUUGCGGGCUGCCGCAUAAGCCCGUAUAUGCUCUUGCGGCUGGUGCGGACGCGGGGCGGGCAGCCGCAAACUGCCCCGCUUGCAAGCGUACUCAAUGGGCCGUUUUCUAAAGAACCCGCACUCUCGUCGUCAUCUUUCCUCAAUCCUCACUCCCAUCACCUACACCUAGGGUUUGCCUCCCCUUCUGGCCGCCGCCUCCGCCGCCUCCCUCCUUCAUCGCCCUUCUUCGUCUUCACCGAACACCGACUUCGCGUCUUCUCCGCCGCCCCGAUCGACACCCUCUUCGUCUUCUCCGCCGCCCCGAUCGACGCCGCUGUCGAGGACUCUAGGUGCUCUCUGCUUGAAGGAAGCCUGUAUGUUGAAGAUGAGCUGCCAGAAGUUGAGCCGUCAAUAUCUGCAUUUGGUGAUGAGCGAGGGGCGUGGCUUGUACUCGUUGAGGCACUUGGACGUGUCUAAGCUCUUCUACCCGUCGACACCUGAAGCACUGGAUGCAGAGGCUCAAGCAAAGACGAAGAAGAAGAAUGGCAUCAAUAAAAUUGGGAGCAUCACCGGAUUGCCUAGACCCAGCAUGUACUUCCAACCAUCUCAGCGAGUUGAGUCUUGUCCCCUCAGCUCAAUUGGUGCAAUCGCUCUGUUUGGGGAGAACAAGAACAAGAUUUUGUUGUCCGACAAUACUGGCCACACUUGCAUCUACAAUACUGAUCCGCAGUCCUUGAUUGUAACGCCCAACCUGAAGUCACCCAAGGCAACUGAUUGUGUGGCUGUCUCCAACUUAGGUGCUGCUACCCGUGCCAUGUCUGAUGAUCACACGAACCUGUUCUUGAUGGACAUGCACCCUGGCUCUUGCUGUUUUGAGGUGCUUACCUAUGACUCUACUGGUAAGUUGUGUUGGGGUGCACUCCCACCACCGCCAUUCUUCAAGGACUGGGAGUAUAAGGUCCCCCUCAUGCCUGACUUCACAGUGGUCGACAACUCCAGAAUAUGUGUGUCAACCACCACAGCAACCUACUCAUUUGACACGGUGACCCAUGAGUGGAACAAGGUAGGUGAUUGGGUGCUGCCCUUCAGAGCUGAGUACAUCCCUGAGCUACGCUUGUGGCUUGGCUUAUUACCAGAUUCAGGCCCCUAUGACUUGUGCACGCUGGAUAACCUCUCCACCACCCCAGGCUCUCCGCCGCCGACGAUGCAGCACAUCGGAGAGGAGGAAUCUGAGCUGCCGGAAAACUGGUCACAGUUAGUGCACGACCUGGUGAACCUUGGCUCUGGGAAGUUUUGCAUUGCCAACAACUUCAUCCUUAACUUUGGUGAGGUUAGACGUUCCUGGAUUCCGGUGACUGUCUUCACUGGCGUGGAGGUGCUGCCCGUUGAAGGGGGGAUCCGCAUGCUCAAGCACAAGUCCAAGAGUUUCAGGACUGAAUUCGAGGUUGUGCUCUGAGCUGAGCCCAUCAUCGAUUCCAAUUUAUCCAUGCUUUUUUCAGAAGUACUAGGUUCAGAGGUGCUUAGGGGGGGAUACGCAUGCUCAAGCACAAGUCCAAGAGUUUCAGGACUGAAUUCGAGGUUGUGCUCUGAGCUGAGCCCAUCAUCGAUUCCAAUUUAUCCAUGCUUUUUUCAGAAGUACUAGGUUCAGAGGUGCUUAGGGGGUUAAAUUGGACGACAAAUGCUGUAGUGACUUUGCUUUUUAUGUACCUACCUUGUGUUUAACUGUUGUCGUUGGUUAUCCAAAUACUGUUGUAGCUUUUGUCGUGAUGACUAUAUGUCUACUGUCAUAGUUUUUGUCAGUGCGGACUACAUA